GGCCCCGCCCUCCAAUCGGCUCAUUAGCAAUUGGCUAGGCUGAAAGAUGGGAAACUCACCAACUGUUCCUGAAGAUAAUUCGGGUGAGGACUCCAAGCUCUACAUUGAUGUUGAUCGACACAAGUGGCCCAUACUGUACUCUCCUGAUUAUGAUAUUUCAUUCUGGAAGUUAGAGACUAUUCAUCCAUUCGACAGUACUAAAUGGAAACGAGUGUAUCAAUUAUUGAAUGAAAAGAAUAUGUUGAAGGGCCUGGAAGAUAUAGUGCAACCUAAUGAAGCCUCAGUAAGCGAUCUCCUGGUUGUUCAUACACAAGAGUAUUUAGAGAGUCUUAAGAGUAGUACAAAUGUUGCAAUGGUUGUUGAAGUACCCCCCCUCGCUAUUGUACCAAAUUAUAUAGUUCAGAAUAAAAUGCUACGACCUUUCCGAUAUCAGACAGGAGGAACAAUUUUGGCUGGUAAACUAGCAAUGGAAAGAGGCUGGGCCAUCAACAUUGGAGGGGGAUUCCAUCACUGUUGCAGUGGAGAAGGAGGGGGCUUUUGUGCAUAUGCUGACAUUACUCUCUCUAUUAGGUUUCUUUUUCAACGUGUUCCUGAUGUAAAAAAAGUCAUGAUAGUAGACUUUGAUGCUCAUCAAGGCAAUGGACAUGAAAGGGACUUUAUGGAUGAUGAUAAAGUGUACAUUAUGGACAUGUACAAUCGUUGGAUUUAUCCUAAUGAUAUUAAAGCAAAAUCUGCUAUUAAUAUGAAAAUUGAAUUGGAUGUACAUACUGGGGAUGAAACAUACCUCCGUCACAUCAGAAGAAAACUUCCAGAAGCCCUUGAUGAGUUUCAUCCUGACAUUGUUGUUUAUAAUGCUGGUACGUUGCCUGUCCAAAAGAAUAACAGUUAA